AUGCAAAAACUGACGGAGCACAUAGACGACCUGAAGCAGAGAAUCGCUGUUUGGGGAAAGCGGAUUCGGCGAUAUACCGAGAAGUCGACACGGUUCCACAAGAAUCGUCUCUUCCAGAUUAAUCAGAAGAGGCUUUAUAAAUCAUUGGAGCGACCAAUGGUAAGUGGAACGGGCCCAGCACCGAAUCAGGCCGACACGGUGUGGUCAGAGCCCGUAAACCACAGUGAGGGCCCUUGGACGGAAGUUGUGGCGAUUCAGUGUGCGGGUAUAACGCCCCUGGACCCCGUCAUCAUAACGCUGGAUGACGUAGCUGAGGCGGUCCGUAGGGCCCCGAACUGGAAAAGUUCGGGGCUUGACGGACUGCAUCACUAA